CGGACGUAGAUUUAGGCGCCAAUAUUUUGGAUUUGUUGACUUUUUUCUUGUGUUUGUGCGGACACUACGGGGAUAAUAUGUCGGAAAACACUUUUCCUGUUCACACGGCCGACGCCAUAGUAAGCUUUUAUCGAACAGAGGUGCUUACUGGGCAAGAAGCGAAACACUUCACCAAGUCCGACUUGACUCCUUCUCCUAAGCCAGAAGUGGUUCAAAUGCUCUACAUGAGAGUGUUGCAUCUGUUGUAUCGUUUCAGACCUGAAUGCCACUCCAUGGUUCCACUGAUGGAAAACAUUCAGUUCCCAAUGUACCAUGAGGUGCCAACUGCUAUCAUGAGUGUCUACAUACGCAUGCAACAGUUUCUGCCAAUGUGUUUCGUGUAUGACUUUUCACUGAAUGACCUUCUAGCACCAAAGAAACAGAAACAACUUACUGUUUUAAGUGCCAUCAUGAACUUUCUGCAGUUCAGGAAGAUGAGGCUGAACAUGACGCAGGAAAAGCAUGCCAAAUUUAGGGCUGACGUGGACAGGAUGCACACUUGUGUAAAAGAAAACCAAGAAGCAGAAAAAAAAAUAGAGAUUCUAACGACCAUCCCUCCCGAGCAGCAGGCUGAGGCUGACGAGCUGGCAGCUGCCUUCUCGGAGCUGCAGGCCACCACAAUGCAUGAAUACCAGGAAGUGAAUGCAAAAAAGGAUAGCAUCACAGAGUGGAAAAGCAUCAACGCAGAGAAAACGUAUAAGCUGGCCCAGAUGAAGACGGAUGUUUGCAACCUGAAGGAUGACAUAGCCAAGUGUAAGUCUCAGAUUGUUGAAUCACCAGAGGAGCUGAAGACCCAAAUGGAGAUCAUGAGGACAAAUGUCAAGAACAUCAAGAGCUCCAUCGAACAAAACGAUGAGUGUGUCGUGGAGCUGCAGAACAUGGUGCAGAGAGUGAGCCACACUGAUGUGGAGAUUCAGCAAAUGCACAAUCUGCUACAGGACCUGGAAAGCAGCAUGAACAACAGCAAGCAGCAGCAGGAGGAGGUUUCCAGCUUGAUGCAGCUUGAUGAGAAAAGGCAGAAGGAGCGGAAGAACCUGUGCAACGAGGAAGCACAGCUGGGGCGAGCUUUAAGGAUGAAGCUGGAUAAGGAGUCCAAGCAGAGCAUUCGCCGGCAGAAGAAGAGAGAGAUCAAGGAGCAACACGUUGAAGAGGUGUUGGGACAGUGUAACCAAAUCCAUCACAAACGCGAGAAGAUGGCAGACAAAAUCCAGGAGAUCUCCAGAGAGACACAGCAGCUUAAAGUGAAGAUCCACAGCCUGAGAGAAGUAUGCAGUAAGGAGACACAGAAAGCUCAGGCGAUGUAUGACACCCUUUGUGCUGCAAUGGAUAAGCUGCACGGGAGAAUUGAGAAGCACUGUGUUGAUCUAAAACAAGAGUUCACCAAGAUGUCCAGCAGUUUCUGAUUAUUUCUUUUAGUUCACUCUUGUUCUCAUAUUCUAGUCCUCAUUACAAAAUAAAGUGUAAGUUAGCAUGUGGUUGACUGUUUCUUUGUUCUCCCUAAAAAAGCUGUGCUGGAUUUAGAAAGCAAUAAAACAAGUUAUGUCAGGGUACUCUGAACACACAUGCAACCACCACCAGUCAAGGAUGGUUUCAUUGUGUCCUUCCGGGUGUGCAGACAUCUAAACUACGUCUAACAAACAGCAUGAUAAAGUACUUAAUACUAAUACUAUUUUGAUGCAGAAUGUGAAAGCCGCUUAGUUCAAGUGUUGAUUUCCAUGAUUCUGAGUGGUUGAGGAAGAGUUGGACCUUUUGAAAAGGUCCAUCUGAGCUUUGUAGUCUUUGAGUUCACUUCUCAGCUGACGUAGCUCAUUCCGCUGUUCAUUGAUUUCACCGAUCAGCGUCACGUUUUCCUGCACACGCAACACAACUUCAACAUCCUUCUUGUCAAACAGUAGAGGAAUAUGUGCCGCAGGCUUUACCUUCAUGAUUUUGAUGUAGUUUUUGUCCUGAUCAUCGGCAGCAGACUUGGAGCGUCUGGACUUGAAACUUGGAAGCGUCUUUUCUUUGUUGUCUUGCUGGCAACUUAAUGUCCUCCAAACAUCAACAGAGUGAUUUUUAUCCACCUUCAAAACACAAAACACUAUGUCUUCACGUGUAUUUCUUCAUGUUCAUUGCAUGAAACAUGUCACCCAUUUCCACUUUUCUGACCUGUAAAUGUUACAUUAUUGUAUUCCUUCUUAAACGAUGCCAAUGCUUCAGAUUAUGAGGUUUGCGCAUUUGGAAGUGAGACCUGAAACCAGUUUUGGACGUCUCUGCAUGCUGUGUUUUACUGAGGUUUUUUUUAACACCGAGUUCCAUUGACUUCAAUGCAACCCGUAGUUCCUUAUAUGGGCAUGCCCAGGCAAAUGCUGUAAGUAUAAUAGUAUUAGUAUAAUAGGUUCCUUUUAAUGUUUUACUAAUUAAAAUGUAUUCCUAUUUAUUACAAAUUCGUCAAUGCUACGUCACACUUAUUACUUACUCUUCCAUUUUAUCAUUUUUUAUCAUUACUCACCUAUUAUCAAACUAUGUUUUAUGUCCAUUUCAUAUUAUUAGGACUGUCAAAUCAAGUAGACAAGAAAUCUGACUAAAUUUGAAACUAGACUAUUUUUCUACUAUUUAGCACAUUAUUUACAUUA